GAAAUCAUCUUUUAUUGCGUCGAUUAUUUUAUACACGACACCAAAAAAAAACAUAAAUAAAAAGCAAAAAGUAUAUCUGAUCUUCAGAGUAAUAUUGAUACUCUUUCCACCAAUGCUGUCUUAUCGACAGACACUACAAUUUCAGAUGGUCUCAAGUGGCUUAGCGAGAGUUAUCCGGACGGAACAAAUACUGUUACCAUUGUCGUUGGAUACCAUGUUGAUGAUAACAAUGGAAUGACAUUACUCUAUCUUAAGACUUUGAGAGAUCAAGGUUAUAAAGUUAUAACGGUAGCUGCUGGUGUAGGACAUGGAGAUUUAUCUGGAAUUGCUGACAAACCAGAAUGGUCUUUCCAAGUUAAUAAUUUCUUUCAACUAUAGCGCACUUUCUCACAUAUUCCAUAGCUGGAGUGUGCUUGUUUCUAUGACAACUAA